AUGCGGGAAGGUAAACUUCUAGAAGUGUCCACGGGGUGGGCAGCAGCUGUCAAAGGCACCGUAAAAAGACGUCAGAAAGAGAGAGAAACAGGAUUCUCCAAACAGCCGUGGUUGCAUCAUAACUUCCAGAAAACGUGCGUGUUCCGUGUUUCACCGCCCGUUUGCAAAAUGUUGAAAGCAGCCAAAUAUCUGUCCCGCACGCUCGUGGAAAACCGGGGAUUGCUGCAGAAUGGAGGAGCCCUAUCCAACAAUGUGCUGGCCCGGUUCAAGUCGGAGCAGGUUAAGGGCGCCGUCAUCGGUAUCGAUCUGGGAACCACAAACUCUUGCGUCGCCGUGAUGGAGGGCAAAAAUCCGAAAGUGAUCGAAAAUGCGGAAGGUGCGCGUACCACCCCGUCGCACGUGGCUUUCACGAAGGACGGUGAGCGAUUGGUCGGUAUGCCGGCGAAGCGCCAGGCCGUCACCAACUCGGCCAACACGUUCUACGCCACCAAACGGUUGAUCGGCCGUCGGUUCGAUGAUGCUGAGAUCAAGAAAGAUCUAGCGAACCUCUCGUACAAGGUGGUGAAGGCCUCGAACGGGGACGCCUGGGUGCAGGGUAGCGAUGGAAAGGUGUACUCACCCAGCCAGAUCGGUGCGUUCGUGCUGAUGAAGAUGAAGGAAACGGCCGAAGCGUACCUGAACACACCGAUUAAGAAUGCCGUCAUCACGGUACCGGCAUACUUUAACGAUUCGCAGCGUCAGGCCACGAAGGACGCCGGACAGAUCGCCGGUCUGAACGUGCUGCGUGUGAUUAACGAACCGACGGCGGCCGCUUUGGCUUACGGUAUGGACAAGAGUGAAGACAAAAUCAUCGCCGUGUACGAUCUGGGCGGUGGUACGUUCGAUGUGUCGAUCCUCGAAAUCCAGAAGGGUGUGUUCGAGGUCAAGUCAACCAACGGUGACACUCUGCUCGGAGGCGAGGACUUCGAUAACCACAUCCUGGACUAUCUGGCACAAGAGUUCAAGAAGGAGCAGGGCAUCGACAUUAAGAAGGAUGCGAUGGCCAUGCAGCGGUUGAAGGAGGCCGCCGAGAAGGCCAAGUGCGAGCUGUCCUCCUCGGUGCAGACGGACAUCAAUCUGCCCUACCUGACGAUGGACGCCUCGGGACCGAAGCAUCUGAAUCUGAAGUUGACGCGCGCCAAGCUCGAGACGCUGGUUGGCGAUCUGAUCAAGCGUACGAUCGCACCGUGCCAGAAGGCAAUGUCCGAUGCGGAGGUAAAGAAAUCGGACAUCGGUGAGGUGCUGCUGGUCGGUGGUAUGUCCCGCAUGCCGAAGGUACAAUCCUUGGUGCAGGAAGUGUUCGGUCGCCAACCAUCCCGGGCGGUCAAUCCCGAUGAAGCGGUUGCAGUGGGUGCUGCCGUACAGGGAGGUGUGCUGGCGGGUGAUGUUACCGAUGUGUUGCUGCUCGACGUUACGCCCCUGUCGCUUGGUAUCGAAACCCUUGGUGGUGUGUUUACGCGUCUUAUCAACCGCAACACCACGAUUCCGACGAAGAAAUCUCAAGUUUUCUCGACUGCCGCCGAUGGUCAGACGCAGGUGGAAAUCAAGGUACACCAGGGCGAACGUGAGAUGGCUAAUGACAACAAAAUGCUCGGCUCGUUCACACUCGUCGGUAUUCCACCGGCACCGCGCGGUGUACCACAGAUCGAGGUUGUGUUCGAUAUUGACGCCAACGGCAUCGUGCAUGUGUCUGCACGUGACAAGGGAACUGGCAAGGAACAGCAAAUUGUCAUCCAGUCGUCUGGUGGACUGAGCAAGGAUGAGAUCGAAAACAUGGUUAAGAACGCCGAACAGUACGCACAGGCCGACAAGCUGAAGAGGGAUCGCAUCGAAGCGAUCAACCAGGCAGAAGGCAUCGUGCACGAUACCGAGAGCAAGAUGGAGGAGUUCAAAGAUCAGCUACCAAAGGAAGAGUGCGAUAAGCUACGAGAAGAGAUCGCGAAGGUGCGGGAAGUUCUUGCCAACAAGGAGGAAGCCGAUCCGGAGGAAGUCCGCAAAACGACCAGUGCCCUGCAGCAGUCAUCCUUGAAGCUGUUCGAGAUGGCGUACAAAAAGAUGGCUUCCGAGCGGGAGGGUAGCAGCGGUAGCAGCAGCAGCACCGGCAGCAGUAGCGGAUCGGAAGAGGGCGAGAAGAAGGAGAACAAAAACUAAAUCACAAUACCACCUCAUACCAUCAAGGAAAGACUCAGAGUACUGACAGUGGCAGCAGCAGCAUCAUAAGCGAACCCAGUAACCAACGCCGUUAGGAAGUAGAAACCACAACUCUCCAUUCGCAUUAAGUGAACCGGUUGAUCGGUUCGGAUCGGACGUGAACACAGAGGCAGUGAAGUGACGGAGCUAAAUAUACGUUAAACUAUCGAAUCACCCGAGAUUUUGUGCCCCCUCCCCGUUGGCUUACGUUUUGCCCCACCCAAAUUGCUUCUCGGUAGUUUGCGUACGCUGCGUGAUUAAUUCUGCGACCCCCUCGCUGGGUUCAUGUUUUCUUCUCUUCUUUCCAAGGGCAUCUUUUGGGAGGAUGGAAGUUUCUUUGCUGUAGUCUUUUCGUAGUAGGCAGAGAAAAGUGCGCAUUUUGCUGAAAGGGAGUGAGGAAUGCAGAGAGAUGUAGAAGACGUUGAGUUUGGAGCAGGAUAUUGCUUUGAGGUCCCCGAGUGUUGUUCUGGUUUCCAAUCCGGAAGAGUUGUACUAAGUUUUCGAUGGCCAUGCACAUACACCGAGGCGCACCGAGCAAAUGGGAAUGUUCCGAGGUGCUCUUUGGAUUAACUUUAAGCAGUAACAGGUGUAUUGCGUGUUAAGGUAGUUGGACUCGUUUCCUUUGUAGAUGCAAUAAAAUAGAUUUAAACAGUUAAA